AUGGCCAGAAACAGCGGGGGGCCCCCUGGGGGGCCCCCUGGGGAGGGCCCCAACACUAAACUCACGCUGCAGCAGCUGCAGCAAAAAAGAAAAGAAGAGAAGCUUGCUGUUGCUUCUUUCUUUGCUGCGAAAUGUACCUGGGGGGGGCCCCCCAAGUUGGGGGGCCCCCCUGCCUGGUGGGGGCCCCCCUGUGGGGCCCCCGAGGGCCAAGUAAACCCUAUUAAGAAAGGAAGGGGGGCCCCCGGGGGGCCCCCCGAGGGCUUUUGCUUCGGAAGCCGCACUCAGAAGGACUCGGAAUCUGUUGCUACGUGCAUGCAGCACCCACAAGACCAGCAGCAGCAGCAGCAGCAGCAGCAGCAGCAGCAGCAGCAGCAGCAGCAAAUGGAACAUGUGAAGGCCCAAAAAGAAGACCAUCUGUGGAAUCUCAUGAACCCUCCCAGCCGCUGGCAGCCCUGGCUGCAGCAGCAGGGGCCCCACACCGAAGUACCCUCUUGGGGCCCUUUGGAGGCCCCCGGGGGGGCCCCCCAGGGGGCCCCCAAGGGGGCCCCCCAGGGGGCCCCCCGGGGGGCCCCCCACGGGGGCCCCCAAUUGACGCGGCAGCAGCUGUGGACUUUGGUUUCUGAACCCACUGUUUUGCUGCCAGAGCCAGAGUUUGAUGCUGCUUUUGCUGCAGCACUUGAGCAGCAGCAGCAGCAGCAGCAAGACCAGCUGCAGCAAGAACAGCAGCAGCAGCAGCAGCAAGGACAGCAACAGCAGCAACCGGAAAAGCAGCAGCAGCUGGAAAACGAGCAGCAGCAGCAAGAAGAAAAGCAGCAGCAGCAAGAAAAGCAGCAGCAACAGCAACAGGACAUGCAGCAGCAACAGCAGCAAGAAAAGCAGCAGCAGCAGCAGCAGCAGCAGCAGCAGCAGCAGCAGCAGCAAGAAGAGACGGUGUCCGUGUCUCUGUUUAUGUCUGCUUUUCGAAAAGCCGUGGAAGCAAAAGCAGCAAAAGAAAAAGGGCCCCUUGAGAUUCCGCCGUCUGUGAAGAUAGCAGCAGCAGCAGCAGCAGCAGCAAAACCCGCAGUACCAGCUGUCUCCCACGCACCCCGGCUGCAGCAGCAGCAGCAGCAGCUGCUGCUGCUGCUGCAGCAGAAGCAGCAGCACAUCGGGCAGCUCCAGGCCAGGGCAGGGGCGCCUGUCUAUUUCUCAACUGCUGCAGAAGGCCCGGCAAAGGAAACCCCUGCGUCCAGCAGCAGCAGCAGCAGCAGCAGCAACAGCAGCAGCAGCAGUAGCAGCAGCAGCAGCAGCAGCAGCAGCAGGUCAUGGAGAACCCUGGUGGCUGCUGCGGGCGCUCUGGGGGCGGCUGGCGUCUCCUGGGCGCUGCUGAACAAGGGCUCUGCUGCUGCCCCCGGCAGCAGCAGCAGCAGCAGCAGCAGCAGCAGCAGCAGCAGCAGCAGCAGCAGCAGCAGCAGCAGCGGGAGUGAGGGCCCCCUCGCGAAGUGGGCCCCCAUGAGGGACGAACUCUUCGAUAAGACUGAUGACUUUUUGGUUCUCUUCUUUGGGGGCCCCCCAGAUGUGGGGCCCCACAGGGCCCUCAUAGAGAAGCUGGAAGCAGCAGUUGCUGCUGCACUGCAGCAGCAGCAGCUCCCCAAGAGGCUCUCUCUCUUCUACGCCUACAGGAGCAGCACAGAGGAGGGGCCCCCAGCUGCUUCAGGGGGCCCCGCGUUGAUGCUUUAUAAAGGGCAAAGGAAGAAAAGAUUGGCUUUGGACCCGCAAGAGGCGCAGCUGCUGCUGCAGGACCCUCUCAGCAGCAGCAGCAGCAGCAGCAGCAGCAGCAGCAGCAGCAGCAGCAGCAGCAGCGACAGCAGCAGCAGCAGCAGCAGCAGCAGCGAGCCAUCGAUUGACUGGCUGCUGGAAAACCACGUGAUGCCCGAGAUGCUUGCGUUCUUCCAGCCCCAAAGUGAGGAGCGGCAGCAGCAGCAGCAGCAGCAGCAGCAUGCAGCAGCAGCAGCAACAGCAGCAGCAAAUGAAAUCCUCAAAGCGAAGACGCUGCCGGUGUCUGUCACCUACGACACCUUCAAGCGAGAGGUGCUGGAAGCAGCAGCAGCAGGGCCCCCCGUGCUGCUGCAGCUGCAGGAAGAUGGCUGCUUCCUUUGCUUCUUAAUGAGGCCUUUUAUCAACUCUGUCUCGCAGCUGCUGGCCAAACACAACGUGCCCUUAACUCUCAAACGCCUCAACUUGGCCAAAAAUGAUUUCCCCGAAGAAUGCCCCGUCGCCAGGGCGACGCCCACCUUCGUCCUUUACCACAACGCUGCAGCAGCAGGAGCAGCAGCAGUAGCUGUGGCAGAAGCAGCACCAACUGCAGCAACAGCUGCAGCAGCAGCGGCAGCGAGAGCAGAGGCAGAUCCAGAGGAAGCAGCUGCAGCAGCAGCAGCAGAAGCUACAGCAGCAGCAAGCACAGCAGCAGCAGCAGCUGCCGAAGCAGCAACUGUGUUACCAGUUGCAGCAGCUAUCGCAGCAGCAGCUAUAGUAGCAGCAGCAGCAGCAGCAGCAGCAGCAGCAGCGACAGCACUGAUAGCGGUGUACAAGCAGGAGAGGCUGCAGCAGGAGAUGGGCGGCUACGAUCGGUGGGAGGAAUUUAGGCCAAAAGACUUCGCAGCAAAAAUUUUUAAGGAGGCGUCGCUGCCAGCUGAGCUGCAGCAGCAGCUGGAAGACCUUGUGGAGCAGCUGCAGGACAGGUUUAGGUCAUUCGGCCUUCUCUCUGUCUGGUUGCUGGAGCUGCAGAAGCUGCAGGACUUGCUGCUGCCGCAAGUGCAGCAGCAGCAGCAGCAGCAGCAGCAGCAGCAGCAGCAGGACCCCAAAGCAGCAAAAGCAGCAGAAGACAAAAAGUUUGAAGAUCUUGUGACUGUCUUAAUGGAAGAGGAUAUGUUGAGAACAGACAACUUGGAAGAAAGUCUUGAGCAUUUAAAAGCAGAAAUUGCAGGGGCCCAGGCGGACUGCAUUGCUUUGGCCAUUAUGAUGGGGGAGGAGCUCAUGCGGCAAGAGGUGGACUUCAUGGGCAAAGCCCUCCUCGCAGCAGAGGCGGGGGCCCCCAGGGGCCCCCAAGCAAGUGAGGGGGCCCCCAGGGGCCCCCAAGCAAGUAAGGGGGCCCCCAGGGGCCCCCAAGCAACUGAGGGGGCCCCCCUGCCAGACCCACCUAGUUUGGGGGCCCCUCAGGGGCCCCCUGAACAGUCUGGGGGCCCUUUGGAGACCCCCAAGUAA